AUGGUAGGCCAAGAUGAAUUUGAUGAACUUUAUCAUUCAAUAAACUUGAAUAUUAAAAAAAUUGAGUAUACAGCUCAACUUUUGAAUCAAGCUGUUGAAAAAAUUGGUACACCAGCGGAUACCACUAUAAAUGAGGCUGAGAUACAUGAAUUGAUUCAAAAAUCUAAUACAUUACCAAAAUAUACAAAUAAUAUGAUGAAAAAUCUUGUAAGUUUAAGUAAUGGAAAUUCAAUCUUAAAACAAAAAAGGGAAAUUUUAAUGGAUAGUUUAAUGUCAGCAUUAAACCUCCUUCAAGAUGCUCAACGAAAAGCUGUUGUAAAAGAGAAAAGUAAAAUUAAUGAAAAUCAAUUAAAUAAUUUUAAUCAAAUAGAUGACAAUUUUUCUGAUUCAAAUCCAUUUGCUUCACAACAACUUUCACAAGAACAAAUUCGCCAAAAACAGCAAGAAAUUGAAGAAGUUAAACAAAGACAUUCAGCAAUAAGGCAACUUGAAGUAGAUAUAAGUGAUGUGAAUCAAAUUUUUAAAGAUUUAGCCAAACUUGUACAUGAACAAGGGGAUAUGGUCGAUUCUAUUGAAGAUAAUAUUGAUUCAGCACAAAUACAUGUUGAACAAGGUAGUACAAAUGUUCAGCAGGCUUUACAUUAUCAACAAAAAGCAAGACAAAAACAAUUGCUUCUUUUUGUCUUUUUUGCUGUAUUAAUAUUUAUUAUUUUAUUAACACUUUGGUUCAGUAAAUAG